GUCCGUUGCUUAACCUGCUGCCAUUCGAGCAACAAUCGCCUAAGUCGACAGCUCACAGUCACAGCACAGCUCACCACCUGCACGCCGCCCAAAGAGUGCUGGCUGGCCGGCUUGCUUGCUUGCUUGCGUGCGUGCUUGCAUAAUACAACACACUGCACGCAGGGAGGAGGAGCACAGCACAGCAAAGCACAGCACAGCACAGUACACCAGACCCGACCAUGCUCCGACUCCACUUGCUGCUGCUAGCAGCAUUCGUUGCCCUCGCCGCCGCCUGGAGCAAAGAAGACCACGAAAUCUUCCGCCUUAACGAUGAGGUGAAGAAGUCCGAAGGCGCCAAUGCCACCUUCUACUCCUUCCUUGCCAUCAAGCCCAAUGCCGGCCCCGACGAGAUCAACAAAGCCUACCGCAAGCUCUCCCGAACUCUGCAUCCCGACAAGGCCCAGGCAAACUGGGUCGCCAACUACAACAAGCCGACUCCCGUCAAGACAAAGGCCGGUGCGAAGCCCACGGUGCACGUGCAAAAGAAUAAGAAGCCCAGUCAGUCGGAGCUCAAGAAGUUUCACAAGGAGGCCAGUGCACGCUUCGAGAGGUUGUCUCUGGUCACCAAUGUCCUUCGAGGCGGGGAAAGAGAUCGCUACGACCACUUCUUGAAGAACGGUUUCCCAGCAUGGCGCGGAACAGGAUACUACUACGAGCGCUACCGACCUGGUCUCUGGUCGGUCAUUAGUGGUCUCUUCAUCUUUAUUGGAGGCGCCGUCCACUACCUCGCCCUUUACGUCUCGCACUUGCGCCACAAGGAGUUUAUAGAGCGUUACAUCAAGCACGCUCGUCGCAUGGCAUGGGGUGACGAUGGCGCUCUCGGAGCAAUUCCAGGUCUGGGAGGAGCUGCCCCAUCUUCACCACAGAACGGAAGCGCAGAAGGCGAGGAGAGCAUGCAAUGGAACAGGAAGCAAAAGCGAGAAAUGGAAAGACAGAAGAAGAAGGAUGGCAAGAACCCUUUCAAGGCUUCUGCUGCUGCUGCCGCUGCCAACAAAGCCAGACUCGCUCAAAAGGCCAAAGAGGAUGGUAUCAGUACUCCAGUGGAAGCUGAAAUCACAUCCGGGCCAGUCGGCGCGAAGAAGAGAACGGUAGCAGAAAACGGCAAGAUCUUGAUUGUCGACAGUGUUGGAAACGUCUUCCUCGAAGAAGAGACCGAAGAAGGCGAUACCCAAGAAUUCCUCCUUGAUCCCUCCGAAGUCAAACCCCCCACGAUAAGCGACACAGUCCUCGUCAAACUACCCAUCAUCCUCUACAACCAAUCUCUCGGCCGCGUAUUCGGCAAGACACGAGCCGCAGCUGUCGCAGAUCUGAUCGGCGAACCUGAGCAGGAUGGAGAAGAAGAAGUCGAGGGAGCUGCCGCUUUGCAACAAGCCACAGCACUGAAUGCAAAUGCUGAGACGCGGAAGAGGAGAACCAAGAAUAGAUCAUAGUAGGUAUGGUACAAUGUGAUGAUAUGCGAAAUGAUCAUUGCAUGAUGUAGAAAUCGAAAAAGCAAAAGUGGUUCAUUUUGGGAGGGGAACAGUAUUGUCAUCCGCGCUGAUGUGUACAUUGAAAAGACUUUUUUUGAAACUUGUCAUAGAGAUCUUGUUGUAUAAGGUACUGUUACUACUAUUACUACAAGAUUUGUGUUGAGCUCCACCUUAGGUAG